AUGGGAUCAACAAUCCCAGCUCUCCCGGUCUUUGACGAAGAAGACUCGAUGCUCUCACGGAAAUUCGGCCGCGAGAUUGCGAAUUACUUCUCGGGUAGUCCUCUGAACAGAGUCGCUUUUCUGAGACAUGAUCAUGUCUUCCUAAGAUCCGCAUUCUCACACCCGUCCACCCGGUUCCUGCUAAUGAACGAGCUGGCUCCUCUUGUUGAUGAGACUCGCAAUCGGAUCGCGUACCUGAGCAAUGCGGAUGUAACGCCAUUCACAGGGCCUGAUCCGUUCCUCAAGACCGAGGAGGAGAUGAUCAAAGACUUCAACUCGGAGGAAACUCAUCCUCUGAUCCUCCUCCUCGGCAUCGAUGAGGCACAUAAGCUUCAACCGAGCAGCGACGGUCCUGCUUUUGAGUACAAAAGCUGGCAAGGACGACCAUACUUUGCCAUCGACAUCACGCCGCGAGGGUCCUCUGAAGCAAGCGCAACCAGUGUCAUUGACGCUGUAAAGCAGAAAGGGUACUCAUUUUUCACUGACCAGCGACAUAUGGGACUGAGCGCGGCAGAAGCCGCGAUGUACGGCCAAGCACGAGCACUACUCGAUUGGAACGCGCGGAACCCAUUCUGCGCACAGUGUGGCCAGCGUACUCUCUCUGUUAACUCAGGUACUAAGAGAGCUUGCCCCCCUACGGAUCUAGCGGGAGGAAAGCUCCAUGAGCGCGCUCCUUGUGCGACGCGGAAAGGAGUCUCCAACAUUAGCUUCCCUCGGACGGACCCGACGAUCAUUGUUGCCGUUGUGAACGCGGCCGGAACGCACAUGCUGCUCGGUCGCCAAAGGCGCUGGCCCGCUUACUCGUACAGCACACUGGCAGGAUUCUUGGAGCCAGGCGAGUCCAUUGAGGAGGCUGUCAGGAGAGAGGUGUAUGAGGAGAGCGGCGUCAAGUUGAGCCGCGUGGUCAUUCAUUCCUCUCAACCAUGGCCAUUCCCAGCAAGCUUGAUGAUCGGCGCAAUCGCACAGGCACUUCCUGGCGAUGGCGAACGCAUCGACCUUGGUAACGACCCGGAGCUGGAGGAUGCCAAGUGGUUCACAUUCGACGAGGUCCGAGAGGCUUUAAACAAGGGCGUGAGCGGGCUGGGAGAGCCGGCACCCGCAGGCUAUGUGGAAGGAUCCUUGCGGCUGCCACCUCAAACCGCAAUCGCGAACCGCCUGAUGACUGCUGUAACUGAGGGAUACGUGGGAGCCGGGACGAAGUUGUAA